UAGAAUAUUCUCGAAUGUCACAAGGGGGUGUGCAAAAAUAUUCAGAUAUACAUUUGCAAGACUGCAUCAUGAUUGGUCAAAUCGGUGAUUUUGGUGUUACAAUUUUACAGGUAAAAUCAUAUAUCGUCAUUUAUUUCAAACUUUGAGGCAAAUAUCUUCUCUAUAUAAUGAAUGGCUCUUUCAGAGGAAAUAGGAAAGAGUAUAGCCCAAGUAACACCAUUAACGUCUCCUUCUCCGUUACAGAGCUUCCAGAACUCAUCCAUGGCGAAAUUCGCCAAGUCGGGUUUCUUCUCUUCGUCUUCUCCUAAAUCCCCCCUUUCGUCUUCCUCGUUCCUCGGCACGGAUUCGUCUGUGAGCCAGACGUUUUCUCAGUCGAUGAUGGAGGAAACCGUCGAAUCCGCGGAACCAAUCAUCAGGAGAUGGGACCCUGAAUCUUCGACCUACACGAAGAUCGUCUCUCUGUUCCAACACAGCCGGAGAGAGGCCAGGGAUUUCAUCCGAUGCGUCAGGGACUUACGCAGAGCUAUGCACUUCCUCGUCUCUCACCACUCUCACUCUUCCAAGCUCGUCCUCGCUCAGAACCUGAUGCAGAUCGCCAUGGCGAGGCUCGAGAAGGAGUUUUACCAGAUACUUUCCCUGAACCGAGACCAGCUUGACCCGGAUUCCGUCUCGGGUCAAUCCUCAAACGGGUCGAGCAAUUCGGAAGUCGAGGAUGAUCUGGAUGAUAUCUACGAGGAGGAAGAUGAUGAGCUGAAGAGAGCUGGUGAAUCGAUCACGAAGGUGGAGAAAGCCUCGGCAAUGGCGAUGACAGACCUGAAGGCGAUAGCAGAGACGAUGAUAAGCUGUGGAUAUGGUAAAGAGUGCAUUAGGGUUUACAAGCUCAUCAGAAAAUCUAUUGUGGAAGAAGGGCUUUACAUGCUCGGCAUCGAGAAAUACAAGAUCUCGAAUUUCCAUAGAACAGAUUCGGCAGCACUCGAGAACACGAUCAAUAACUGGAUCAAGGCUGCAAAGAUCGGAGUGACCACCCUCUUCCGAGGGGAGAAACUUCUCUGCGACCACGUCUUUUCUGCGUCGAAAACGAUAAGGGAAUCGUGCUUUUACGAGAUCGCGAACGAAGCUGGAACCAACCUUUUCAGGUUCCCCGAGGUUGUGGCCAAGGGGAAGAGAUCGCCUGAUCGGAUCUUUCGGCUGAUGGAUCUGCACAUGGCCAUGUCCGAGCUGUGGCAGGACAUAGAGCUGAUAUUCCACUUCGAUGCGGUCGCUUCUGUCAAGCUUCAGGCGUUGUCGUCAAUGCAGAAACUUUCGGAUUCUAUCCGGUCCCUUCUCGUAGAAUUCGAGUCAACCGUCCAGAAAGAUUCGUCGAAAUCUCUUGUGCCGGGUGGAGGGAUCCACCAGCUGGCUCGCUCUACUAUGAGCUUCGUAUCUUCACUUGCUGAGUACGGCAGCGUCAUGGCCGAGAUUCUUGCAGAACAUCCUCUACCGAGAAAAACCCGCUUGCUGGAAUCUUAUUUCGGGAGCCUAACCUCGGAAGACGAGCAGAAUCGAGCGGUGUCAGUCCAUCUAGCUUGGGUCAUCCUUGUUCUUUUAUGCAAGCUAGACACUAAGGCCGAGCUGUACAAGGAUGUUUCACUGUCCUAUCUCUUCCUAGCGAACAACCUUCAGUUCACAGUCGACACAGUUCGAUCAUCUCAUCGGCUGAGGAGCCUACUCGGGCACGAAUGGAUCGUCAGACACGAAAACAAAGUCAGGACUUAUGCUGCGAACUACGAGAUAGCGGCAUGGGCCAACGUGUUUCUGUCUUUACCAGAGAAAACCGCAACUCUGCCACCGGAAGAGGCGAGAUCGCAUUUCAGAAGGUUUCAUGCCGCGUUCGAGGAGGCAUAUAUGAGGCAAUCGGCGUGGAUCGUACCGGAGGGGAAGCUGAGGGACGAGCUGAAGGUCUCGAUAGCGAAGAAACUGGUGCCGGAAUACAGAGAGUUCUACGAAAAGCACCUGAAUACGCUCAGUCAAGAGAGAAACCUGGAGAUUCUCGUGAGGUUUAAGCCUGAUAAUCUGGAGAAUUAUCUCUCGGAUCUGUUCCAUGGCACUCCUAUUGUCAAUGGCGGCUCUUCUUCUUCUUCUUCCUCUUCUUCCUCGUCAUGUUCUUCAAUUGGAUGUGUUUCAUUGUAAGAAAUCCGGCAGUAAAACUCUUAUACUGCUUGUUUUGCCUAGUUGUGUUAUAUUGUGGUGCUUCGAUUAUUGUCGUCUGUAACUUUUCUGUACAACAUGCAAACGAGAAAACAAAAAAGAAUCUUCCA